GCGGUGAUUGAAGAGGAUAGCAGAGCGGCGGUGGCGACGACGACGGCCAUCUUAGAGCUACCGUGGUAACCGACACACUCAUCUCCUGGAUUUAAUUUUUCUUGUGAGACAAACACUCCGCCUGACUGACGAAAGGAAGAGGAAGAAGAAGACGGCUGUUUUUGACUUCGCCGCGGUUGAACUCGAAGUCAGGAUGCGGUUCCGAGGGAACAAGCAAUUUGCAUCCGCAGUCGGACUGGUCCUCGGACUAUUAUGUGCGGUGGAGGCAGCUAAAGUCAAUAAGCACAAACCAUGGAUUGAGACAACGUACCAUGGGAUCGUAACAGAAAAUGACGACAAAGUUCUUCUGGACCCUCCUCUGAUUGCACUGGACAAAGAUGCUCCUCUACGCUACGCAGAGAGUUUUGAGGUGACCCUCACUGAAGAAGGUGAGAUUUGCGGCUUCAGGAUCCACGGGCAGAAUGUCCCUUUUGAGGCAGUGGUGCUGGACAAGUCCACUGGAGAGGGGGUUAUCAGGGCAAAGGACAAGCUGGACUGUGAGCUGCAGAAGGAGCACACCUUCACCAUCCAAGCCUACGACUGUGGAGAGGGUCCUGAUGGUGCCAACAUGAAGAAGUCUCACAAGGCCACUGUCCACAUCCAGGUGAACGACAUAAAUGAGUAUUCACCAGUGUUCAAGGAGAAGUCCUACAAAGCCACCGUCAUUGAGGGAAAGAAAUACGACAGCAUCUUGAAGGUGGAGGCGGUGGAUGCUGACUGCUCGUUCCAGUUUAGCCAAAUCUGCAACUACGAGAUUGUGACCCCUGAUGUGCCCUUCACCAUCGACAAGGAUGGCUUUAUCAAGAACACAGAAAAACUGAGCUAUGGCAAAGAGCACAUGUAUAAACUGACCGUGACCGCCUACGACUGCGGAAAGAACCGAGCCUCUGAGGACGUGCUGGUGAAGAUCAGCGUCAAGCCCACCUGCAAGCCCAGCUGGCAAGGCUUCAAUAAGAGGAUUGAAUACGAGCCUGGCACUGGUAGUUUGGCCCUUUUCCCCAGCAUGCACUUGGAGACCUGUGAUGAGCCAAUCACGUCCAUCCGGGCCAGUAUUGAACUGGAAACCAACCAUAUUGGAAAGGGCUGUGACCGUGACACCUACUCUGAGAAGUCUCUGCAUAAGUUGUGUGGAGCCAGCUCCGGCACUGUGGAGCUCCUUCCUGCUCCCAGCAGCUCUGCUAACUGGACUGUAGGGCUGCCAACUGAUAACGGCCACGACAGCGAUCAGGUGUUUGAAUUUAAUGGCACCCAGGCCAUCAAGGUUCCUAAUGGUAUGGUGAGCACCAGCCUGAAGGACCCCUUCACCAUUUCUGUGUGGAUGAGACACGGCCCUGGGGCCCACGAGAAGGAGACCAUCCUCUGCAACUCUGACAAAACGGAGAUGAACAGACACCACUACUCGCUCUACGUCCACAACUGCAGGCUGAUCUUUCUCCUACGCCAGGAGCCAUCUGAGGCAGAGAACUAUAAACCCGCAGAGUUUCACUGGAAGCUCGACCAGGUGUGUGACAAAGAGUGGCAUCACUAUGUGCUUAAUGUGGAGUUCCCCACCGUUUCUGUAUUUGUGGAUGGAACUACCUUUGAGCCCUUCCUGGUUACGGAGGACUACCCACUGCACGCCUCCAAGAUCGAAACUCAGCUCACAAUUGGUGCCUGCUGGCAAGAAAACUCAGGACAUGACAAUGACACUGAGACAGUCUCUGAGCCCAGUUCAGGUGGAAAUGCUCGAAUGGCGCAGUUUUUCCGCGGUAACCUAGCGGGGCUGAUUAUCCGCACCGGCAAGCUGGAGAACAAGAAGGUGAUCGACUGUUUGUACACGUGCAAAGAAGGACUGGACGUGCAGCUCCCUGAGGAGGUUGCUUCAGCUAUCAAGGUGGAGUUCAACCCCAACCAGUCCUCUCUGACUGUGGAAGGUGAUGACAUCGAUGCCUUUGACAAGGUCAUGCAGCACAUCUCCUACUUAAACUCCCGCCAGUUCCCAACCCCUGGCAUCAGGCACCUGCGUAUCUCAACCACCGUCAAAUGCUUUAACGAGGAGUCCUGUGUAACGGUGCCAGAUGCUGAAGGUUACGUGAUGGUGCUGCAACCAGAAGAACCCAAGAUCAGCCUGAGCGGCAUUGACCACUUUGCCCGCAGUGCAGCUGAAUUUGAGAGCCAGGAAGGAGUGACGCUGUUCCCCGAGCUACGCAUUGUGAGCACCAUCACCCGUGAAGUGGAGGCCGACACGGAGUCUGAAGCUGCAGAGGGAGCUGACGAUGACCCUACAGUCCAAGAGACUGUGGUGUCGGAGGAAAUCAUGCACAACCUGGACACGUGUGAAGUGACUGUGGUGGGAGACGAGCUGGACGGAGAGCACGAGAGCCUUGAAGUGGACAUGUCCCAGCUGCAGCAGCGCAGCUUAGAGAUGAGCUCAUCCAACAUGGGCCUCGUCAUCACCGGUGUGAACACCAUGGCUAACUACGAGCAGGUCCUGCACCUUAUCCGUUACAAGAACUGGCACACCGAGGCUCUCUUUGACAGGAAAUUUAAACUGGUCUGCUCUGAACUCAAUGGUCGCUACAUCAGCAACGACUUUAAGGUCGAGGUUAAUGUAAUCCACACAGCCAGUCCCAUGGAGCAUGCCAACAAUGCCAUGGUGCAGCCCAACUUCAUCAACCCUGUCCAUCACGCCUCUGUGGAUCUGUCUGGGCAUAACUUGGUCAACGCUCAUCAGGCCUCAGUGGUUCCCAGCGCUGCCACCAUUGUCAUCGUGGUGUGCGUCAGCUUCCUGGUGUUCAUGAUCAUCCUGGGCGUGUUCCGCAUCCGAGCUGCACACCAGCGCACCAUGAGGGACCAGGAAAACGGCAAGGAGAACGAGAUGGACUGGGACGAUUCAGCCCUCACCAUCACCGUAAACCCUAUGGAGACAUACGAGGACCAGCACAGCAGCGAGGAGGAGGAAGAAGAGGAGGAGGAGAGCGAGGACGGCGAGGAAGAAGAUGACAUCACGAGCGCUGAGUCAGAGAGCAGCGAAGACGAGGAGGGCGGCGAGCCGGAGGACCAGCAGGGGGCCAGCAGACAGCAGCAGCUGGAGUGGGACGACUCCACCCUCACCUACUAAACACACACAAGACACCCAAACAAGAGCUCCCGACACACACAUCAGAAACUCACUCAUACUCCCUCCCUCACACACACACACACUCUCUCUCACACAUGCAGCACUCCCUGCAGUUUCAUGUCUAGGAGCCAUGAUGUAAAAACUUAACAAAAAUAAAAUAAAAAAAAUCAAGAAAAGGAGAAACAUAAAGUCCCUUCAGCGUAUAUAUGGUCAAGGUUUUCCUGUUGUUAUCUUAGUGGUGGUACUCAGUGUAGUGUAGUCAUCACCAGAUUGCUGACUUUUUUUUUUAUUUAUUAUAUUUUAAUUCCCAGGAAAACCUGGCUUACAUUGGAACUGUGUGAGGAAGCCAACCCUGCACUUUUUUUGUUUUCUCUCAGAUGUACGGCUUUGAAGAGCAGAGUAAUCGCUUCUCCUGAUGUAUAUUCUUUGCUAAUGCUUGUAGAUUUAUUCGCUAAUUUCACAACUAGCUCCGACUUGGGUUUUCUUGACUUGUAGUCCACAGUGAAUCGAAAAUGAUGCUUUUAACAAGUAGACUGCAUUUUCCUCUUCCAUUUCUUUUUGUUUUUCAUUUUAGUGCAUGGAGAAAUUUUGGGGAAGUCAUGUGUAGAGAAAUAAAUUGCUUUUUAAAGAUUUUUGUAAAUAUAAUGAAACCAUGUAAUUAGUCAAUGUGUUAGUGAAGACCUAAUCAAUGGGGUCCAAUAUCUACGAUUAUGUAAUGUAGACUAUUUGUGUCACACAGGCUGUCGCAGCAUGCCGCUGAAUUUCUGCAAAAGCUGUUCCAUCACGCUUGUACAAAAUGUCUCGCUUCAUGAUGCGAAACCGAGGACUGUUCAGCGGAGGUUUCCAUGACAAAAAGGUGUCCAUUUCGUUCCUUUUCUUUAAUCUUUUGCGAGGAGUAAAGUAGUUUCUUUUGCUUUCUCGUAGGCAGAGGACUUAGUUGACGGUUUCAGCUUCACAUGAUGCUUUUGCUUCGCUUGCACGCGUUGCAACGCUCUACUCCUGGCUUUAGUGUUAUUUCAUUCCCAGCAGAUCUCACUGAUGUACACUACAGAGGGAAUCUUCUUUCAGUUUCAGAAAAUGUCAUGUGGAAUCACAAACAUCGGCUCAGCAGUGCCGUUCCUGGUGAAAAUAAGGGUACUAAAAUGUCCUCAGCAGCUUUAAAACCUUUGUCCCUGUCCCUGGUGUGGUUCAAGGAGAAACCCUUUCAAGCUACUGAAAGAAAAUGUUUAUGAGCUUUAGUGGAGACUGGCUGAAUCGUUGAAUUGCUGGCAAUGUUUUUUUUUCUUUUCAUGGCACGGCUAUUUUACCUAAAAUAAUAAUACAUAGCCUGUAUGAGGUACAUUUUUAAACUGUCUGCUUAUUGCUGAAGCAUCGUCGUCUUCGUUGGCUGGGAUGCUUACGGCAGGAAAACACUUUAAAAAUGAAUCUUCUUUGAAUCUUAAAGUGAGAUAUUUUUUUGCAGUAGACCACUAGAUUUUAUUGUACAUGAAACUGUACUGUAGAGUUGUUCAAAGAUAUUUGUUUACAUUUGGUAAACUUAUUUUCCUUCGGGUAUUAGUAUGAAGCUUACGAUUGGGAAAGGGUGUCCAACCUCUUGUCUCCUCUCAGACACUGUUGUCCAUAACUGUUGUAUAUAAUCUUUCAUCAGACCAGAUAAAAACGUGCCGUCACA